AUGUUGAUGAAGUUGUCAGUUGCCGUCUUGGUAGCAUGGUCUGCCCCUUCUCCAUCUGGUGCUCUCUGUUUUAUCUCCGUGUUAUCUCUGCCGAAGCCCUGUCAGUGCCCCAAAGCACCCCUGGCCUGGCCCAGGGUGCGGCCUUCCGCUGCCUGCCCUCGACUGCUGGAUCCGCACGAGUCCCAUGACCCCCAGUUCCCGACCUGCUGCUUCUCUCAGAACUCCAAGCCCUUGAGGAGCUCCUGGGCUGCUGCCCCAGCUCAGGCAGCCAGCACAGCACGCACGGUAAUGACCUGUCCACGACCCACAGCUGCCUACUGUCUGGGCCUCACAGAUUUGCCUGGGAAAGCCACUUCCCCGCUCCCAACUUCAAGGCGUCCAGAAGGCAGUGGAGUGCAGCAGGAAGAACAAGAAACUGAACAUCUACAGGCUCUUGAGCAACGAAAAACAGGCGGGGAAGGAGACGGGCUCAGCUUGCCAGACCACUGGGGGCCUACUCUCUGUUACACUCGUGAAGUCCCCUUCUGUCCCACCUCCCGGUUGGAUGAUGAAGGGGCACCCCAACAGCUCCCAGGGCAGAGCCGGGCGGGCAGCAGCGUCCUGAGCUGGGGCAGCAGCGACACCUGCCGGCCGGGCUCCGUCGGCCCCACGCGGCCGCGCUCGGGAUCUCCGCGGCCCCGCCGAUCGCAGCCCCCUGAGCCUCCCCUGGAAGCCCCGCGGGCCGCAAAAGAGACGCCCGGGCCGCCUGAGCCUCCGGCACUGCGGCAGGAGCGAGUGGCCCGCAGGGCAUGCGGCGACGCAGGCCCGCGCCAAGCAGCCAGGCUGGAGCUGCGCGCGGAGCUCUGCGCCCUCGGGGAGGGCAGGCCUAGUGCUCCCGGGAGCCGGGCCUCCCCGGGCCUCGGCCUUCAGCACCCGGGAGGAAGGGCCCGGGCGCAGACGCGGCGCACCGCCGGCCUUGCACCCGCAAGCACCCGCUCCCCGUUCACCCAUUUCGUCUUCGGAGCUCCCCAAAUGCCCCAAGAACACAUAGCUUCUCCAUAA